AUGGAAUCUUCUUUCUCGUCCAUUUCAUUGAAAAAGGUUUUUAGUGGUUCUCUUGCGAACAAAGUCUUCAUAGACAAAUGUUUGUUUUUUAAAGUCUUUAUAAAAAAAACUGACGAUGUUGGUAGAGGCGGCGGAAAUGGUGGUGGAUGUGGCACAAGUAGUGGUGGUGGUGGCGGAGGUAGGGGUAGGGGUGGUGUGAGAGAAGGUGCAGGUGGAGGUGGUGACAAAGAUGGAAGUUGUGACGGCAACGACAAUGGUGUUGAUGGUGACAACGGUGGUGGUGAUAGCGGUGAUGACGUCAUUCGUAAGGGAACAAACAAUAUCACAAAAAGUUAUUACUUAAAAAAAUAA